CCAAAACCAAAAAGCAUUAGAAGCAAGGGAAAAAAAAUCCAUCUCACUUGCAUUAUUACUAGUAUUAUGAAGGUCCAAUGCACAAAGAAACGUCGACGUUUCACCUUUUCGUUAUCUUUCUUGGUUAUCUUCCCUGCACUAUUUUCCACCUUUGAUGUUUGUUCCGCUGGCUUGCUCUCCCAGCCGGCUCAGCCAUUAAAGCCGGGAGACUAUUCAUCUUCGAACACAGUCCCCGCAUUUCCCGUUCAAACGCAGGCCCAAACUUGCCGGCUUGACCUCUCAGACGAGCUUUUCGGCGGAGUCAGUGCAGCUUGUGGGCGUGACCUAGACAGAAGCCGAUGCUGCCCAGUACUGGCAGCGUGGCUGUUCGCUGCUCAUGCUCGCUCGGCUUUGCAGGUCAGCUCAGCUGCUCCUCCGACCAGCUCCGACCUGCCCAUGAUGCCGGACGACUCGCAGAAGUGUGUGAACUCGCUGCAGAGCUCCUUGCUCAGCCGCAACAUCCAUAUUCCUCAGCCUAAUGGCUCUUGCGACCCCGUUUUGUGCUUUUGUGGGAUUCGCCUUCAUCAGAUCACUUCCUUGAGUUGUCCAGCCGCGUUUAAUCUGACGGGCUCCCGGAAUGCGACGCCGACGGCCGCGGUCAAGAAUUUGGAGAAGAAUUGUCACAACUCUUCUUAUGCUGGUUGUACCAAGUGUCUUGGUGCGCUCCAAAAGUUAAACGGUGAGGUUAAAAACGGAACUCAAAAGAUGGACGUGGAAGACGGGGACCGAGCAAGCAAAAUGUUAAGCAGGGAUUGCCAGCUCAUGGGGCUGACGUGGCUGCUAGCUCGGAACAAAACGGCAUACAUACCCACCGUUUCGGCAGUAUUGCGGGCAGUUAUGUACAGUGCUCAUCCUCCUCAUGAUGCUAAAUGCAGCCCCGACCAAGAAAACAUGCCCUUAGCCGUCGAUUCGCUGCAGUUUGAGCAAUCAGAGGCGUCAUCUUCGCCGUCCAUUUCCACUACUUCUUGGUCAAUCAAUAUUCUUCUGUUUCCGAUUUUACCCUUAAUCAUUAUUGGAUCUCUAUUCGUGUGA